AUGCGGGAGGCGAAGCUGAGACUCGAUGCCUUCAGCUUCAGCGCUGGGAUCAGCGCGUGCGAGAAAAGCCAUCAGUGGCAGCGGGCCCUGGCCCUGUUGGGAGAGAUGCGUGCUGCGAGGCUGGAGCCCGAUGUCAUCAGCCCUGCAGUGCCGGGCCCAGAGCGCCCGAGAAGCGUCGGCAGGCGGCAGCCUCGGGGCGGCCGCGAGGUCGGCGGAGGAGCCUCCCCCGCCGAAGGCCCCAGCCGCUCCGCGGCCCGAGGGCCCACUCGGCGGCCCACGGGGGCACCCGGGCGGCCCGCAGGAGGACCCCGGGGAGCCAGCGCGCGGUCCCUGACGAAGUUGGUGCGACUCUGA